AUGGCGCCUUCAGUUAAAGAAACAACAGGGGGCCGGCGGAAGAGCCUCAACCUCUUUUCACGAGGCUCUUUAGCUGGCCUCACUCAGAUAAAUACCGAGCAAGAUAGUGGACUCACCGAAGAAAGUAGCAAGAAACUAAAAAAAAAACUAAGAAGAAGAACAUCAAUCUUUGGAUUAGGAUCGACUGGUAGCUUACCCGUCAGUCAAGAUGGGACUUCUUGUACACAGGUUGAAAGAUGUGAAUCUCCAAAAGCACGUUUGAAAACGCAACAAAAGGCUAGACCACUAUCUGUCUUUGGAUCACUCGGCAAGAGAUCUGUCAACAACGAAGAUUCCGACAUGACGACAUCAGCGCCUGAAACUUGCCUUCAAGAUAUUCGUCUACAUCCCAGUCACAAAACAGUACUUUAUCAUGGAGAGAUACAAACUACAACCGGAAUGUUUAGGAAAAAAAAAGAAUACCUUGUGCUUACCGACACGCAUUUAAUUCGAUUUAAGAACUAUUCCCGCGCUUCCGAUGAUUUUCCUUUGAUACCCCCGCCUACCGGCGGUCGCUCAAACUCUGUCCGACAAAAAUCUUCUACAUCUGCUGGCUCAGUACAAGAUGUGCAGUCUACAGGAUCUCAUACCAGUUCUGAUAAUGAAAAUCGUAUUCCCUUGGCGCAGAUUGUUUGUGUGAUCAAAGCUGAAGAUGGAAAACCAUUUUUUACUACUGAAGUAGUCUAUUUAGAUGAAGAAUAUCAUGGUGUCGGUAGCAUACAACUAAUUCUACAUGAUCGAAAAGAGGCAGAGCUGUGGCAAACCUCCAUUCGUGGAGCUGCCGAGAAGUCAAGAUUGAUUGCUCAACAGUCAUACCCGCCUCGUGUUAUUAAUUAUCUUGUCUUUGCCUUGGAGAAAGAAGAGGAUUACGACUCUACACAUUUUCAGAUAUUUCGUGUUGUAAGAAGAGCUUCUGCCUCAAAAACCAAAUCCUCUGAUGAAUUACAAAAAUUGGGCUCCGCAGUUUAUUACUUGGUGGUGGGCCUAAAUCGUGUUCAUCUUAUUCCUGUACCGGAUUUUAGCAGCUCCUCUGGCCAACUAGUUUUUCCAAAGGGUAAUCGUUGCACCUAUGGCAUUGUAUCACUGGUUGAUCUAAAAUUAUCAUAUGAAGAUGAUAAAUUUGAAGUGGCCUUCCGUAGUCCACUAAGCCCAGCAGAAGUACUCGAUCUAGCUGCCUCGGCCACCCCGGAUAUUGCAAUCAGUCUACUUAAAGCAUGGAAAUAUCUAAAACCACUUUGGGAAGAUCAUAAUUUUAACUUCUCAGGUCCUAGGAACGUUAUUUUCUUGAGCGAAUCUGCUGAUCAUAAUAAUGAAGACCUUGACUGUUUUGAAAGAACUCUUGUGGCAUAUUGUCUAGCCUACAAAGUAACACCAACAAAUAUACAAUAUGCAGUUGACUGGGAAGCCGAAGAUGCGCCGGAAUUUCAACUCUGGAGACCUCGAUAUUCCAAAAUGUACUCAAGGGCAGAACUACUCGCCAUCAUGCGAGCGUUACGUUACAACGAGUUCUUCCGUUCAAUCUCUUUCAAGGAUAUUGACCUUCAUAGUUUGCAUGGAACCAUAGAUAUAUAUGGUAAUGAAAAUGCGACGUUGGAGACUCGAUCCGGAAUUUCUCUUCCAAAAUACUUUAAUCUUCGACCUCAUGAGAAGUCAAUUUUAUAUCAAGAAAUACAGGCACUAGCAUUGAAAUCAACCAGGCUUCGGAGAAUGAACUUUACAAAUACUCUGCCUCGAAGAAGGCCGCGAGACAACUUUGAUAUUGAGGGAGGCGAAAUGGACCAGGAUCCUGGGUGUGAAAUAGUGGGUGCUCUGCUUCCACUUUGUCAGAAUCAAAUUACAAAUGUUACGUGGAUAGUAUUAAGCGGAAUUGAGCUAGGAGAGACUGACCUUGACUUCCUCGUCCCGGGUCUACACAAGCCACAGUCAAAGAUUCGUGCAAUCGAGCUCUCACGUUGUGAUCUUACGGAUAGAGGUAUAAUGCAGUUAGUUACGCAUCUUGAGCGUCAGAAUAUUACCCUUGAGCUUAUCGAUCUCUCUGGGAAUCCAGGUCGAAUAAGUCUCCAAAAAUUUCAGGGAUCAAUGAGCCGUUUUACGAACAUUAGAUCUUUGAAUCUAUCAAGAACAUCAUGGACGUCGGGUGAAGAUCCGUUAAUUCUACCCGAAGUAAUAGUAACAUGGAGACUUGAGGAACUCUAUUUGAACGGUAUUGUCUUAAAUGAGCAAACAAUAGACUCAGUAUCAACUUAUCUAGCCAGUGAGAUGUCAGACCAUCUUCGUCUUUUACAAAUGGAGCAGUGUAAUUUGUCAGGCGAGCAUGUUGCAAUUCUAAUGCACUCUAUGGCACGAGAUGGUCAAAGUGGACGAGCUCUUGAGUUCAAUGUAAGUGGAAAUCGUGUCGAAAAAGGUAUAGGUGAGAUUGUAAAAGCAAUCAAAGCAAAUAGAACACCAAAUCGACUUUAUCUUCGCAUGAUUGAAUUCACUAAAGAAGAUCACUUUAGACAACUUCUCCAAGCUCUUCGAACAAACACCACCAUCAAGUGUCUCGACAUUUCAAAGGCAUCUUUACCUGACGAUGCCGGGGCAGAGACUUGUGAGUGUUUACGCGCAGUCUUUGCUAGUAACCGGACUUUAGAAGAGCUUGAUAUUUCUGGUGAGCAAUCACAUCUCGAGGUUACUCGGUUUGGUAUUGGGUUAAAUCAUGCACUCACAGGCCUUGAGUACAAUGAUACACUCAAACUAUUGCGAAUAGAGUAUCAAAAUUUAGGCCUUGAAGGUGCCAACACGCUCUCGUCGGUCAUUGAAAAAAACACAGGGCUUACUCAUAUCCUCUGUGAGCAUAAUGACAUUAACCUUCAAGGUUUUACUACAAUUGUUAAUGCAGUGGCUAAAAACAACACAAUACUUGAAUUGCCUUUUUUACAGGAUGAUCAAGCAACAAGUUUAAAACGUAUGAAUGCUAAUAUUUGCGAGACAAGGCGCAGUACUACAGUUACAAAUCGUACAAGCGGUGUGCGCUCGAGUGUUCAGCGAACACUACACCACUUAGGAGUUAGCAAGCCAACAAAACGCGAAAUGACUCCACACGAUGUCGAUGCUGUCGUACGCAUUUUAAAUGAGCGAUGGGAAUAUGAGAUUGAGCGUCUACGAAAAUUUCUAGAACGAAACAAUGCCAUCGCUAAUGGACAUUCGAUUCAAGAUAUAGAGGAUGUAGUUAGUGAGGCAGAGCUGAGUCCAACUAUCGCAUUGAGUGAUAAGGAAAUUUUGAGUCAAGUUCUAAGCAACACAACGCCCAAGGUUGAAGCCAAGAAUCCUGUUGAUGAGAAUUUAAAUCUUAAGUUUGAUAUAGAGUAUGCUAUGGGAAAUAUUAUACAUGAAAACAAUAGUAACAAUAUGGAGAACUCAAAAAAUAGUAACGGAAACAGCCAACAACUGCAAAACAUAAGUUUUCUGAAACUACCCGAAAUUUCCUCAUUUGGCAGUGAGAUUCUUUUCGGAUUGGACGAGACAAAGAGUAUGUUCUCGCUCGAUUCGUAG